AUGUUGUCGACGAGCGCGGGUGCACGCGUGUCUCCUGCCGCGACGUACGGGCGCGGCUGCCGCACGGCGCUCAAGGCGCGGGCGCCACAGCGGGCCCGCAUCGUCGCGCGUGCCGAGGGCGCCCAGCCCGUGACGGAGGAGACCUGGGAGGCCGAGGUGCUUCAGUCGCCCGUUCCUGUGCUCGUCGACUUCUGGGCGCCCUGGUGCGGCCCGUGCCGGAUGAUCGCCCCGCUGAUGGACGAGAUUGCUGUAGAGUACGGGGACAAGAUCAAGGCGGUCAAGGUCAACACCGACGAGUCCCCCAAGAUCGCCACCGAGUACGCCAUCCGCUCGAUUCCGACCGUGAUGAUCUUCAAGGGCGGGAAGAAGAUGGACACUGUCAUUGGCGCUGUCCCCAAGGCCACGCUCUCGCAGACCGUCGACAAGUACCUGGACUGA